UUUUUUUUUGUCUCUCUUUCUCCUAUGUCAUACUCUUUGGGCUUUCUUCUGCCGUUCUCUUAUAGAACUAUUCGCAAUAAUAAAAAGAACUUACUGCCAGUGUAUACUCGUUUUUAUCAAACUGGAGUGUUACGUAAAACAAACAUACUUCCUGACAAAGUCUGUCUUCAACUGUCAAAAGACCAGUAUGACAAAAGCGAGAAGCACACUGAGCUUGUCAAGGCACGUCGAGAAAGUGAUAUAUUACAAGUACCCGGAAGCACUUAUGGUGGAUUAUACAACUUGACAUGGGGUCUUCCACCGAGAAAUGUAUUGAUCAUUAAAAAACCUAAUGACCUAAAGACAGAAAAGGCACUUGUCAAAGUUGCAAAUUGGCUUCAUCAGACAAAGCCUGAAUUAAACAUCAUUGUUGAACCAGACGUAGCAGAGAAAUUCCAAGCAGAACUUCCUUUUGUGCAUGUGAUUGAGAAGAGCAAAACUCAAGAAUAUACACGCACUGUGGAUUUUGCAAUCACAUUAGGCGGUGAUGGCACCAUGUUACAUUUGGCUUCCUUGUUUCCUAAGGCUGCUCCGCCUGUAGUGAGUUUUUCGCUCGGCACACUAUGCUUUUUGAUGUCAUACAACUUUGACAGAUAUCAGCAUGUAUUAAACGACAUGAUUGCUGGUAACGUUGGUUUAAUGAUGCGCAUGCGUCUCUUUUGUUCACUUCAUCAACAAAAUGGGAAGCGUAUUGAAAUUGAUGGGACAGAAGUAGAUGAUCGACAAGCCAUGAAUGAAGUGUCACUUCAUCGAGGCAGAUCUCCUCAUCUCACGGCCGUAAACUGCUUAGUGGAUGGACACCAUUUGACUGAAUGUGUGGCAGAUGGUUUGAUUGUUGCUACACCGACAGGAUCUACGGCUUAUUCUUUGUCUGCUGGUGGACCUAUUGUUCAUCCUAGUGUACAGAGUUUACUUUUGACUCCAAUUUGUCCUCGAUCUCUGUCAUUUAGAACUGUAUUAUUGCCACCAAGCUCAACCAUAGAAUUAAAAAUUGGAGAAAAAAGUCAAAGUGAAGUUGAAGUGUCGAUUGAUGGUCAAGAAAUCUUUAUGCUGCAUAAAGGGGAAUAUGUCAAAGUAAGUGUCAUUGAAUAAAAUCAAAAACUAAUAUUUAGGUUCGUAUGUCCAAAUACCCCAUUCCAUGCGUAACGCAUAUCAAUGACGAUGCAAGAUGGGAGAACGACAUCAAUGAUUUAUUGAAAUGGAAUCAAACCUUUGGAUCAAAUCAAUAAAAUAAAAGCUAAU